AUGGCAGCAGUGGGGAACCGCCUCAACCACCACAAACAACCAAAAAAACCACAUACGCUGUCGAAUUGGGUACGUUGGCUGGCCUCGGGUGAUGUUAAAUGCUUGAAGUGCUGCACUUGUUGCAAACUCCGUGUGGGAGGCCACUACCGUCGACUUGGAGAUGAUGGCACAUGCCUCUCCGAGAUCAACAAUGCUCGUAAGAAGGCUGGCUUGAAUGAUUUCGUCAUACCUCAAGCGGAGACAAAGGACAAAAGACUGCCUGACAAAGGAGAGGAAGAUUCCGCCACCUAUGCAGAAUGGGUGUGGAAGCCCGUUUGCGACGUCUUGAUACCACAAGAAGCAGCAGGCAAGAGCACCGAGGCAGAAGCUGGAAAAAAAUUCAUGAGCGGCACAUACGCGUUCCAGGUCGUUGAUGCCGCUAGCCUUAGUUGCACUGCCGUAGUAGAAAAGUGGAAGAAUGCCUACAGCAACUUCAAUGGAUUGCCUCCACCGAACAAAGAUGCUGAGGAGUUGUAUACCAGCCGGGACAACAUCUCUUUCGUGGCCAUGUACAACCCUUCAGCCGAUGCUACCGCCGACUGCCGAGUCGUCACCUGCACUAGAAAGAUCGCGACUGUUUCAGCGGGCCUGUUAACGGAAAUGGGUGAGGAAGAGGAAGGGGAGGACCCACUAACUGAAGAAACAAAGGAAGGCUCUGCUUUGAUUUGCAUGACGACGCCUGACGUUCUUCCGGCGAACAGUGACAACCCUCCUUUCACAGAGGAGCAGUGGGGGCAGAUCGUCACCGCCUUCGAAGGAUCUGCCUCGGCUGUCUUGCCCAGUUUGCUCGGCCUUGCCGCAGCAUUGCUUGGCGUUGCGGCAGCGUUGUGA